CUUCGCUUUACUUCAGCUCAUCCAUCCAGCUAUUAAUUUGGUGGGGUGAGAGUGAUCUCAUCGUGAGAACUGGCGGAGGAAGGAGAGCCUGGGACGUUGUUGUUUGGUAGAUGUAGAAUUGUUUCGAAGAUCCAGUAAUUAAUUUCUACUUGACCGAUUAGCUGCAGACUGUAGCCAUGGCUUCUGCUACCAGCUUCGUCUGUUUCAUAGUUCUCUCACUCGCAUUGAGCUGUUUUGGCCAAGACUGUCCUUUUUUCGGUACGGACCGUAAGCCAACGCCGAAGACAAACCUUGGUAACUGCACGUGGUACGAGUACAGCUCGUGCUGCGAGCGCGCCGAGGUGUCGGCUGUGUUCGCUGAGAUGCUGUCGCUGCAGGGCGCGUCGCAGGCGUGCCGCAACCGCGUCAACUACAUGAUGUGCUACUUCUGCGAUCCGCGCCAGCGCACUUUCCUGGUGACCGUUCCUCGACAGGCCUCAAUCUGCUCAGAUUUCUGUGAUGAAACGUACAACGAGUGCUCUGGUGCCCUGCACAAUGGUAUGUCCCUGAGCAGCCGCUAUGCGACCGGCAAGUCCUUCUGCGAGGCGAACUUCUUCCGCUACGGGACCAACACGCGAUCGUGCAUGCCGUUCAACGCGAGUGCCUUCUCUGCGGCCUCGCACUUGCACACGAGCCAGUAUAGCACUGCACCGAUGCUGCUCGUAUCGGCUGGCCUGGCCAUUAUCCAUAGCCUCUUCUGAUUGAUGUGAGCUACUGAUGAAGUAUGGUGUUGGAACGUGUGCCUCUGUGGUGCACAUCUGAUGCUGUAAGCAGGUAUGUUCUCCUUUUGUGCUCUAAAACACCUCGUUCAGACUCCCUGUGUGCUCUCUGGCUAUUUACUUUAGGUUGUCUGUGUGUGGGUAUGGGUGCGUGUGGGUGUGUGUGUGGGUGGGUGUGUGGGUGAAUGUGGGUGGGUGUGUGUGUGUGUGGGUGUGCGUGUGUGUGUCCGCAUAGCCAGAAUAUGGCAGCGCGUCCUCCAAGGUCCAAGGUGUAUAUGUGUGUGGGUGGGUGUGGGUGACUGUGUGUGUGGGUGUGCGUGUUUGUACUCGCUUGCAUUAGCCACUACCACGCUUCUCACUCGUGAGCUAUGUCGGUGCACAUACUUUGAAGUGCACUGCACUCGAUUCGCCUCCUUUCUUUCUCCUUUGUGGAUCUAUUUUUAUGUGCACAUAUUAUUCUGUUUAUCAAAGCUGGACUUUGUGUUUUGUUUUCUCUUAGGAACGCGCAAUAGAUUUAUCAUUAGAUUUUAAUGCCCGUGAUUUUUUUGUAGUUUCAUUGACACCGCCGGGUUUGCUUUAUAUGUAGCCUUCGGUAUCUGCCUUACUUUCGUCACUCGUUUCAUGGCUAUGUAGCAGAUAACAAGUAACAUUCUGA